GCAAUUUUAAUAUUUUUGUUAAAAUGGAUUGCAAAGGAGGGAAUCGUAAAGAUUGUAGACAAGAGUUAACUAAGUCUCAUAAUAAGAAAAGAGACAUAAAAGCGAACCAAAAACUAGCAGAAGCCCUCAUCAAUGCUCCUUGCUAUAAUUUUUCUGGAUCACCAAUGAUCAAGCUCCUCUCAGAAAUUGAGAAAAACGAAAAGCUGACUCCUGAAUUUGUUGACACUUUCAUUACAAUGUGUAUAAAGAGCAAGGAAAGCAUUGAUAAUGGAGAUAUUUACUCUAUUACAAACAUUCCCAAAAUCUUAAGCCAACUCGAUACUUUUUGAAUCGAGCAUUAUUUAAUCCCAAUCCAUAAUGCUAAAUCUAAACACUGGAGUUUAUGCUGAAUCCAGAAAGAUGGAAAAUAAAGUAUAUCAUUUUGAUUCAUUGUCCUUAAAAACCUCUAAUGAAAUUGUGAAAGAGCGGAUCAAUCAUUUUGAAAAUACACUAAUAUCUUUAGGAAACUAUCCUAGACAGGAGAAUACUUUUGAUGGUGGAGUUUACAUGCUCUGAAUUUAUUACCACCUUUCCACCGCAGAGGAUGUUUCUGAGCUACUUUCACCUGACUUUGCCUUUGAAUCAAAGUUUGAAGGUCAAUUUAGUAGAGAUUUUUUGAAGGACAUUAUUAACCAAAAGCUGAACGAUAAAAUUAUUAAUAGGCUCUGAAACCUAGGGAUUGCCCUAUCUGAUGAUCAAAGUUCUAUUGAGCUGUCUGAGAAUGUUGACACUCUAAAUAACUCACAGUUUCCCAAAGGAGAUGUAAGAAUGGACGAAAAGAAUUGAUGUGAAAUCGAGCAAGAAGACAACAGAGAAACCAAAAAUAUUUCUGAUCUCAAAAACGAAGAGUCUGAACCAGCUCCUCCAAGAGUGGUGGUCAAGAAGGAGCACCAUACUUACAAUAAUGAGAAGUUUUAUUACAAAUCUAACGUUCAAAAGCAACCAGAAAGAGUUUUUAAGUCAACAGAUAAUAAUGAAAGGCUAAGAUCCCAAAUUAAAAAGACAUUUGAAAAAGAUUCUUCUAGUAAAGAUAUUUGAAUUAGCACGUCUAUAAAGUUAUCGAAACAGCAAAGCUCUACAUCUUUGUUGAAAGAUAAAGUAAUUAGCUCUCAAGCGGCUUACAGUACACAAAGAGUAACUUCACAAGCUAAGGAAUCAUCACCUCAGAAUCUCAACAGUUCUAACAAUUUGUCUGAGUUUGACAAGGAAAAUAUAAGCAUGAACAAGCCUGAAGCUCUUAGAUUCAAAACCUCCCAAGAACCGGAGACUUUAGCCUUAUCAGAUCUUAAGAAAGCCGCAGAGAGACCUCUAAUCACGAAUAAUUCUGCUAGAGAAGAAAGAGCAGAAUAUCAAGGAAGAGCAGCAUACUUCAGAAGGAGACAUUUUUGGAGAUAAAUUGCACUAAUAAUUAGGAAGAGCUGCAUUUAUAGCAUCAA